CGCGGGAGGGGCUUCCGCCGCAAGGGGGCGGGGCCGGCGCUCAGAGUCCUCUGACGGCCCCAGCCAGGGAAUUUCAAUUUGAAACCUAGCGGAGGGAGGAGGCAGGCGCGGCUGCCGGCGGCUGGGACCGAAACGGGACGGGUCCCCGCGGCGAGCGAGCUCCUGAGCAUAAGCUGUGACCAUGACUACUGAAGUAGGCUCUGCGUCUGAAGUGAAGAAGGACUCUGGCCAGUUAGGAACAGAUGCAACCAAGGAAAAGCCUAAAGAAGUAGCAGAAAAUCAGCAGAAUCAGUCAUCCGAUCUAGAGGAGGAAAAAGGUUCCCAGCCAGCUCCUGCAGCUGAAAGCCAAAGUAGUCUACGCCGCCAGAAGAGAGAGAAGGAAACAUCUGAGAGCAGGGGUAUUUCUCGGUUUUUACCGCCAUGGCUUAAGAAGCAAAAGUCGUAUACCUUAGUAGUGGCCAAAGAUGGAGGAGAUAAAAAAGAGCCCACCCAAGCUGUUGUUGAAGAACAGGUCUUAGAUAAAGAGGAACCCCUUCCGGAAGAACAGAGACAGGAUAAGGGUGAUGCUGAAGAAAUGGCUCAGAAGAAACAACAAGAGAUUAAGGUUGAAGUCAAGGAAGAAAAACCCUCAGUGAGCAAAGUGGAGACGCAGCCUACUGAAUUAGUAAGUAAGGAGAGAGAAGAGAAGGUAAAGGAAACACAGGAAGACAAAUUUGAAGUAGAAGCAGCAAAGAGGGAGACCAAGGAAGUGCAGACCAAUGAACUGAAAGCAGAGAAGGCAUUUCAAAAAGUCGCUAAGAAGACCAAAACUGUCCAGUGUAAAGUGACCCUCUUAGAUGGCACCGAAUACAGCUGUGACCUGGAGAAACGUGCUAAGGGACAAGUGUUAUUUGACAAAGUGUGUGAACACCUCAAUCUCUUGGAGAAGGACUACUUUGGACUUUUGUUCCAGGAAAGCCCUGAGCAGAAAAACUGGCUAGAUCCUGCUAAAGAAAUAAAGAGACAACUGAGAAACCUUCCCUGGCUAUUCACUUUUAAUGUGAAGUUUUAUCCUCCUGAUCCUUCUCAAUUGACUGAAGAUAUCACCAGAUACUUCUUGUGCCUUCAGCUCCGGCAGGACAUUGCCUCUGGCCGCCUGCCCUGCUCUUUUGUGACUCAUGCUCUCCUGGGAUCCUACACCCUGCAGGCUGAACUUGGUGACUAUGACCCAGAAGAACAUGGCAGCAUCGACCUCAGUGAAUUCCAGUUUGCCCCUACUCAGACUAAGGAGCUGGAAGAGAAGGUGGCAGAGCUGCACAAGACCCACAGGGGCUUAUCUCCAGCACAAGCUGAUUCCCAGUUCUUAGAAAAUGCAAAGAGGCUUUCCAUGUACGGUGUUGACCUACAUCAUGCCAAGGACUCAGAAGGUGUGGACAUCAAGCUGGGCGUGUGUGCUAAUGGACUUCUCAUUUACAAAGACAGACUGCGAAUCAAUCGUUUUGCUUGGCCGAAAAUCUUAAAAAUUUCCUAUAAACGCAGUAACUUCUACAUUAAAGUCAGACCAGCAGAGCUGGAACAGUUUGAGAGUACUAUUGGAUUCAAACUGCCAAACCACCGGGCAGCGAAAAGACUAUGGAAAGUGUGUGUGGAGCAUCAUACUUUCUACAGACUUGUUUCUCCGGAGCAGCCACCAAAAGCCAAGUUCCUGACCUUGGGGUCCAAAUUCCGCUAUAGUGGCCGCACCCAAGCACAGACCCGCCAGGCCAGCACCCUCAUAGAUAGGCCAGCACCACACUUUGAGCGCACUUCUAGUAAACGGGUCUCCAGGAGUCUAGAUGGAGCUCCGAUUGGUGUCAUGGACCAAAGUCUUAUGAAGGAUUUUCCUGACGCUGCUGGGGAGAUUUCAGCCUAUGGCCCUGGAGUUGUCAGCAUUGCCGUGGUACAAGAUGGGGACGGCAGGAGGGAAGUAAGAAGCCCAGCUAAAGCCCCACAUUUACAGCUCAUUGAAGGAAAGAAAAAUUCCUUGAGAGUAGAAGGGGAUAAUAUUUAUGUCAGACAUAGCAAUUUAAUGUUGGAGGAACUGGAUAAGGCCCAGGAGGACAUACUGAAACAUCAGGCUAGCAUUAGUGAACUCAAGCGCAAUUUUAUGGAAUCCACACCUGAGCCGCGCCCUAAUGAAUGGGAAAAACGACGUAUCACACCUCUGUCCCUACAGACACAAGGGAGUUCACAUGAGACUCUGAAUAUAGUGGAGGAGAAGAAGCGGGCAGAGGUUGGGAAAGACGAAAGAGUAAUCACAGAAGAAAUGAAUGGUAAAGAGAUAUCACCUGGGAGUGGUCCUGGGGAGAUUCGUAAGGUGGAGCCUGUGACACAAAAAGACUCCACCUCCCUGUCUUCUGAGAGCAGCAGCAGCAGUGAGAGUGAGGAGGAAGACGUGGGAGAGUACCGUCCCCACCACCGAGUGACCGAGGGCAGCAUCAGGGAGGAACAGGAGCAUGAAGAAGAGGUGGAGGAAGAACCCUGCCCGGCAGCCAAGGUAGUAGAGAGGGAGGAAGCAGUGCCCGAAGCCAGCCCAGUCACACAAGCAGGUGCCAGUGUAAUCACAGUAGAAACAGUGAUCCAGGAAAAUGUAGGUGCCCAAAAGAUACCUGGAGAGAAGAGUGUACACGAAGGCGCUCUUAAGCAAGACAUGGGAGAAGAAGCAGAGGAAGAGCCACAGAAAGUUAACGGAGAGGUGUCCCAUGUUGACAUUGAUGUUUUGCCACAAAUUAUUUGUUGUUCAGAGCCACCAGUGGUAAAAACAGAGAUGGUAACAAUUUCUGAUGCCUCACAAAGGACAGAAAUCUCCACCAAGGAAGUCCCCAUUGUCCAAACUGAGACCAAAACCAUCACAUAUGAGUCUCCACAGAUUGAUGGCGGGGCUGGUGGUGAUUCGGGCACGUUACUGACUGCACAAACCAUCACAUCUGAGUCGGUGUCAACAACGACAACCACACACAUCACUAAGACUGUAAAAGGUGGAAUUUCUGAAACAAGAAUUGAGAAACGCAUUGUGAUCACAGGAGAUGCAGAUAUUGAUCAUGACCAGGCACUGGCUCAGGCGAUCAGGGAAGCCAGAGAGCAGCACCCUGACAUGUCAGUCACAAGAGUGGUGGUACACAAAGAAACAGAGUUGGCGGAGGAAGGGGAAGAUUAAGUAAGAAAGCUAUUUUUUAAACAACACUCAACUUUGUGAACCCCUGAAGAUUUUUUGACCGUUCCGAGUCUUAAUGCCACACCACUAUUCCAGCGAAUUUAUGCUACAACUGGUAACAAUGACCAGAAGCCUGAAGAAUUAAAAUGCCAACACCAAACCUUUCCUUACCAGCUCUGGUCUAUAUUGCUCCCAUGCAUUUAAUAUAUUAUUUUGUUUUAUAACCACUUCUAAAUAUUCUUGGUUCUUUCUUUUUGUUGUUGUUAAUUAAGGGGUUUUGGUUUUGUUUUCUGUUUACUUUGUGUGCAACUACCUGCUUUUAAUGACUCACUUUGAUCAAAUGACAGUGAACAAAGCCAGCCCAAGCUGGUAAGGUGCUGUUCACCUGAACAGGUGCUGUUGUGCAGAAAGGAAACUCUGUGACUAAUUUAGAUAGUGGCUUUCCUUCUUCUGGAUUCUUUUCCUGAAUUCUCACAGUAUAUAUUUACGGAGUUUCAAAUUGCAGUAAAUAUACUGUAUGAGAAAAUAUUAAUACAGAUUAAAAGCAUUUCUUACAUCCUGAAAAUUUUCUAAUACUUGAGAAUUUCACAGGGAUGUUUUUUUAUAUUGGACCCUUUUGACUUUCCAGUCCUGUGACUUUCUACUUUUAGUAGAGAGUCAGAAUCUCUGGACUGGAGAAUUAUGAAGAAGUUCACUGACUGUGCACUGUGCUUAGAGACCCUGCCGCACCACACUGCCAAUGCUUGUCAGACACAUGCCCUUCGGCAGCAUUCCAGAACAGGAGGGAAGAGAGAGAAAACUCUUUCUUCCCUUCUACUAAAAGAUUCAGGCAGCUUAAAACCUUAGUGCUUUCUUUCUUAACAAAUCCAAAUUUCAAUUCUUUCCAUUGUUUGAACACUUGGGUAGAACUCUUGCUUUGUAUUAAACCUCCUUGUCUACACGUGUAAAACUGACCUUUUGUUAUUGAGCAGGCCUAUCUCUUUCAGCUAGUUUGAUGAUUCACACAGGUUUGAGGACGCUGGGGAGAAGGGGGGGUGCUGUGGUGGUGUUCUGUUGGUUACAAGAAAGUUAUACCAUUUAAAGCUGGUACUGGAGACCUGAUAGGGACUUAUUAACUAUAUUGAACAUUUUUUCCUUUGCCUUUGACCCUAUGUAUAGUUAUGAUGCCAGAUUAGAUUUAUAGCAGCUUCAAGUUGUAUUAAAUGAUAUUUUGCUUCCUGUAAUACUGUUACAAAAUAAAGUUUGUUUAUUCUCUAAA